CUGGUUCCUUAUUCGCGUGGUAAUUGGGAUCCACUGGCAUUGGCCGCUUCAUCAUGCACGACACCGUUGGGCUCUCGCCAUGGCACCAUCGUCACGCACUCGACGUUUUCUCUGCACGAAACCUUUCGGUACUUCUGCUGUGUGUGUCGCUUGCGCCGCUGGCACUGGUGCACACCUUAUCGCUACAGGCGAACCAAUGCGGGCGACAGCUGAGAAGAGCGAAAGAGAUCUUGGAGAGUUUGGACUCUGAAGCUCUUUUGCUACCCGUGAGCGGGUAUCUUCCCAGUGCCCCACCCUGGCUCCGAAGCAGCUGGGCAUCGUACCUGGCAGAGCUCUCCGACGAGUCGCUGGCGCAUGCCGAAGAUCGUGGCUUAGUGGACCUGUUGCUGCAGGAUUCCUCAGCCCCAAGCACACUACGAGACACGGGGUCCGCGCUGCACGACCUCAACGGCCAGCUGCCGGUCCUGGCGUCGGGCGACGGCGCCCAAAGCACCAGCUAUGGCGUGCGAAAGUCAAAGGUGCAGCAGGUGGAUUGCUUCCUCCGCGCUGCCCAACGCUGCCGGAAGCAUUGCGGCGAAGACGUUGGGCGCAUCGUGGACGUGGGCUCUGGCUUGGGCGCUUUGACCCGACACCUGGCGCAGCACCUCGCUUUGCCAUGUUUGGGUACCUUG